AUGUUCAAAGUCUUCGUAUUAUUCGGAGUUCUGGUGUGUUUGGCGGAUGGAUGUCGAGUGAGAUGUCGAACAAGACCACCAACAACUGUGACAACCACUCAAACCACCACAACAGUCACAACAUCCACAACGCCGCCAACAACCACUGAACCAAACUGUCCUUCUGGCUGGACAACCUACACAAGAUCAACUGGAAAAUGGUGUGUGAAAGUUGUGUUGGCCACUGUGAAUCAUCAACAAGCUGUUGAUUUAUGCACUUCUUAUGGUGGAGUCAUAACUGGAUUGCAGACUACAGCUGAAAGAACUGGAAUUUCUUCACUUCUUCGUACAGCUACAUCCACAUCAUCAUCAAUAAUCUUCAUUGGAGCGGAAAGAACAUCAGAUUGCGCCACGACUAAUCUCACAUCAACUUGCACUAAACUAAACUCGUUCGAAUGGACAGAUGGUGUUACAACUGGAACAACCGGAUUUGUUUGGGAUCCUCUUCAACCUGAUAACAACGAGGGAAAUGAGAUAUACGCUGUAAUGACACAACAAAACUCGUCCCUCAGCGAUGUCUGCGCAUCAACUAUAGUCAACGGUGUUGCUUGUGGUGCGAAACCUGCUAAUAUCGUUACACCUCCUGCCACUACUGCUGGACCAACAAGCGGACCAUACACUGAAUGCCCAACUGGAUGGACAAGUUAUAAUCGUUCAACUGGAGUAUGGUGUAUCAAAGUAUUUGUGCAAUCGGUAACAUACACAACAGCAGCCGAAAAAUGUGCCUUGCAUGGUGCUAAACUCUCUGGAUUCGAAACAAUUCUUGAACGCGUUGAUGCCGCAGAUUCACUUUGGAAUCAAACAAACAGUCUCACAGCAUCAGCCAUCGUCGGAGCAAUUCGUACCACGGCUUGUAUUUCUUCUAAUCUCACUGCAACCUGUACCGAGACAAAUUCAUUCUCGUGGACUGAUGGUGUGACAACUGGAACUGACGGAUUUUUGAGCGCGUGGGCUGAUGGACAACCGGACAAUAUGAACAACAAUCAGAAAUAUGUUUUGAUCGAGGGAGCAACACGUAAAAUGAAAGAUUUCGGAGUGGCAACUCUCAUGGGAGCAGUAUGUGGAGCGGUUCCAGCUAAUAUCAUCCGAGUAUAA